GCACCACCAUGGAGUCAGGAGGCAUCUUCCUCCCCCUGGGGCUCCUGGCCAUCUGGGCCGUGCUGUCGCCUGCAUCAGGGCAGGAGAAAGGAGGUAAAGUGGGUGACUGUCCGGCCGGGAGGAUUGAGUUUGUGCGUCCCUCCAGGAUCUACUGUCUCUCAGACUGGAGCUGCCCCGGGAACGAGAAGUGCUGCAAUACUGGCCACAUGAGAACCUGCCUCCUCCCUGACAGAGUGAACCCAGGCUACUGCCCGGAGCCCAACACCGGGGUGGCAGAGCCCUGCCUGGUGAGCUGCCAGAAUGACUCUGCGUGUGCCGGCGGGGCCAAGUGCUGUGCCGAGGGUUGCCGUGUUCGCUGCACGAGCGCCCAGUCAGCCAAGCCUGGCGUCUGCUCAAAGAGACGCGUGUCACAGGAUUUCAUUCCUUGCACAAACCAGUGCGACGACGACAGGCACUGCCCCGAGGGCCAGAAAUGCUGCUUCGCUGGCUGCGGCCUGGCCUGCAUGAGCCCCUACGCAGAGAAGGCGGGCGUGUGCCCAGCCGUGCAGCUGGAGCAGCCCGAGGGGCUGUGCCUGGACGCGUGCGUGGACGACGCCGACUGCCCGGGAGACGAGAAGUGCUGUGCCACGGGCUGUGGCUCUAAGUGCCGAGUGCCCCUGCCAGUGCGGCCCGGCGUGUGCCCAGCCGUAGCCCAGAGGUUUCUCGUCUCGUGCCGGCGGAUGUGUCGGAGCGACAGUGACUGCCCCGCCGCGAGGAAGUGCUGCAGCAAUGGCUGUGGGCAGCUCUGCAUGGAGCCCGUGCUCGUGAAGCCCGGCCGGUGCCCAGCUCGAGCGCCCGAGGGCAGCGAGGACCCAUGCUUUUUUCGAUGCCUGAAGGACGGUGACUGUCCAGGGAACGGGAAGUGCUGCUUGAUCAGCUGUGGCCGCGCCUGCCUCUCCCCGACGCAGGUGAAGCCUGGCGCGUGCCCCGCCGUGCUCAGAGGCUCCCUGGGGCCCUGCGUGGAGGGAUGCCGCAGCGACAGUGACUGCAGCAAGGCGGAGAAGUGCUGCAGCACCGGCUGCGGCCAUGUCUGCAAACCACCCAGCGAGGAUAUCUGCCAGCUGCCUGCCGAGAUGGGCAUCUGUGACGCCGACCUCCCUCGCUUCUUCUACAACACCAGCUCCGGGGCGUGUGACAGAUUCAUCUAUGGGGGCUGCCAGGGGAACCCCAACAACUUCGAGGGGGAAGCGGAGUGUCUCCAGGCCUGUGGGGGCCCCGUGAGGCCUGGGGUCUGCCCUGCCCGGGCCGGAUUGGGCCAGGCCGAUGAGUGCUUCUCGCCGUGCUCCAAGGACAGCGACUGCUCCGCCAGCGAGAAGUGCUGCCUGCUGAGCUGUGGCCGGGCCUGUGCCCCACCCGUGCAGGUGAAGCCGGGCCGGUGCCGCAGGACACUGUUCGUGUGCAUGGGGGUCAUCACCGCCGAAUGCGACACCGACGCCGAGUGCCCCGGCACGCACAAGUGCUGCCCAGUCGGCUGUGCCAGGAAGUGCGCCCCUGCUGAGACAGCGCCCAGGGGCAGCGACAGCCUCCUCCCUGCCCGUGACCAGGUGAGACCUGGGACCUGCCCCCCCGAUCCAGUCCAAUGUGCCCACUCAGUAUCGGCCCAUUGCUCCAGUGACCCCGAGUGCCCGGGAGAGCAGAAGUGCUGCUAUGUUGCAUGCAGAUUCCGCUGCGUUGACCCAGCAGAAGAGAAGGCCGGGUAUUGCCCGGUCCUCAAGCCCGCAGGCCUGAACCUCAGUAAGAGCUGCCGCCCCUGCCUGGCGAACAGAUCCUGCUCCACCUGUUUUCGGGAUGCGGAUUGCCCAGGCCCGGAGAAGUGCUGCCCAGGCCGGUGCGGAACCCACUGCUGGGAGCCCGUCUCUGACUUCUGCCAGCUCAGCCCCGACAUUGGGCCUUGCAAAGCCUGGGUCCCGCGGCUCUUCUACAACUCCAGCUCCCAGCACUGCGAGCUGUUUAUCUACGGCGGCUGCCAGGGGAACCCGAACAACUUUGCUGAGGAAGAGGAGUGUCUGCAGGCCUGCGGGCCCCCUGACAUUUGCAAACUCCCCCCUGAAGCGGGCCCCUGCGACGCCGCGUUGCCCCGGUUCUUCUACAAUGCCAAGACCGGGCAGUGUGACGGGUUCACGUACGGCGGCUGCCAGGGCAACAGGAACAACUUUGAGACGGAGGCCGCGUGUCUCCAGGCCUGCGCAGGCCAUGGCGCGGCCUAGCCCUGGCCAUAAUGGGGCUCCACGGGGAAGCUGCAGUCCCUGGAGCCGGUCCCAUUCACCCAGCACGACCCUCUGAUGCGAUGCUCUUCUGCCGUCAAGGCCCUGUCCUGUGUGGAAAUGGGUUUUUCUGCAUGUGCCUCUCACAAACUUGUUACUGUGUCUCUGACUGUGUAAUGGGGUCUCACCGGAGGCACUUGCAUUCUUACAGAUAAAGGGAUGUGGCUGCU